UGGUUUCAACCUCGAGUAUAGUGAGAAGGGUGAGAAGCAUAGCUAACUUCAGACAGAUCAUAGGGGUAGUAGUUUUUAUGACCACUCAAACGCCACUCGUAAAAAUGCGUCAUUUGCCAAAUAAUAAAUAAUCCCCCUUAUUAAUUUGUUUUGAUGCAUUGGAUAUGUUGCAUUUGAUCAAGGAAGGAUGGGGUGUGUUAACAGUCGGGCGGACAUUAACGAUCUUCAUCCAAAUAUAUUUCAAGUGAUGAACGUUGAUGAUGCGGGCAACUUGAUAACACCUGGUAAGCUAGAAAUAACAGACUUAGAUAUAGUUUUGUAUCAACGUGAUAAGCAACCAGUCAAGUGGCCUCUACGCUGUUUACGUCGCUAUGGCUAUGACGCCGAAAUAUUCAGCUUUGAAUCUGGAAGACGCUGUUCUACUGGGCCCGGCAUUUACGCAUUCAAGUGCCGUAGGGCUGAACAACUAUUCAACCUUGUACAAACCAACAUUCAGGUUUGCAAUAGUAGCGGAGAUGAUACGAUAUCGAGAGAACUGCCAGUUGCAUCACAUCCAGGAUCGACGGUAACAAUGCGAGUAAUGAUGCCUUCGGAGCCCAGUUAUUUAGACCCAACUCCUGCAAGGAGCAACAGUCGAAUAGGUCCGAGAUUUUCUCACAGCCAGCAAAAUGGAAUUGGAAGAUUAGGCAGCGUUGGAAGCAGUAGUGGCCCCAUGUCACCCCAGGGUACUAUGGGAUCGCCAUCACCGCCACCCAUGCUUCCACCACCACCUCCAGUUCCCCAUCCCCCUCCGUCCUCUCUCUAUGUCAAUGAAGAAGUGCUGACAUCAGCCACAAUCGAACGAGAACACAAUAAUAACAAAAGCCUUAGAAGAACUAUGCAGAGGUCUUGUACAGUGAGUAGUACCACAUCUAGUAGUGGUUUUAUGGCUUUGGAACCUACGCCUCUACCUCUACCUACCAGUCAAGAAUCCAGUUGCCGAAGUAGGCCACCACCUCUUCCAAUGGCAUCUUAUAUCAAUGUUGAUCUGAGCAGUGAUGCCAGCCCACUUUCUCCGUCGCACAGUAUUUCUGAUUCAACGCCUUUGCGAGAAGAAGCCAGUGAGCUUGAUGGUGCUCAGCAUGCCUACAUGAAUAUCAGUCCUGGGCAAGAACAUUAUGAUACUGCAACGACUACAAUGCGCACAUCGUUACCACAGGUACAACCUGACUGGGAGGAUGAGCCUAGGCACUGCUAUGCAAAUCUUGAAUCUAGUGAUAUAGAAGGAUUGAGAAAAAGAUUCUCAGGGAUAUCUACUGCAGAGAAAUCUCCUCUGCUUCCCACCACUCCUCCUGCUGGGCCAGUCAGAGAGGUGAAUUAUGCCGUUCUGGACCUUGACCAAAAACAUAACACAACAGCUGUGAGCCCUGAAGGUAAUGUGAACCCUGCAAAUACUCCAAUUCCACCCGACUCACCAAAUAAACCGUUGAAAGGGUAUGCGACAAUAGAUUUUAAUAAAACUACGGCUCUUUCUCAUUCUGUUAAUCCAAAUCUUGUCAAUGACAACGAGGGCUCUCGGAAAACUCGACACAAUUCAACGAUCAAUGACUUAUCAGCUCCAUCUAGACACAGCUCAUCUAUUAGCGAGUGACCCAUACUAUUAUGUACCUUUAUUAUGCUACAGGUAUUUCUGAAGAAAGUUUCUUUAAAAAACGACCCAUGGCUUCGUACAAUAUGCCUGCUUGUAUAGCUUGUCACUUUUGAACAAGAAUUUCUCAUAGAAGAAAUUUUGUAGGUAGCAUAAUUACGAAUCUAAAUAAAUUCUGAUCUUUUUAUCAAUAUGGGCUACGUUUGUAAAAAACUAUACAAUUUUCGAACUAUGACUAUGUUGUGAACAUGAUAUAAGACAACGACACGUAUUGAAACUAAUGACUUGAUUAAUCGUCCUCAUUUAUAUGGAUAUAUUCACACUUCUUAGCAAAGAUAUUAAAAAGACUAGGAGACUUGGAAUGUUACAGUAUGUAUCGAAAUACCAAGAAUUCAAUCUGAAGCUAUGGAUACAGAUUUAUAGGUUAGUCUACCCUGUAAUUUCAUUUGAAGUGUAACCUGAUUUGUUACGCCUUACCUCGAUCCUUUCACGACCUCUUAAAGAAAGAACCAAAUUUUCAGCAAAUAUUUUCAUACUAUAUAUUUACUAAUGAUACUGUGUGCAGCCGAAAAAUACUCCUCAAAAUUAAACAACGAAACAGAAAAUGUAAUACUUAUCAAUAGUGUGUCAUUCGUUUUUUUUUUUUUAAGUAUAAAAAUGUUUUUUGAUUCGGUUUUCAUAGUUCAUUUUUUAUUUCUAAAAGAGAGUUGGAGGCUGACUUUUCGAUCGAGGAAAAGAAAAUGCUCAAUGCCUGUACGACUUGCGUGACUCCAAGUUGUGUACAGUACUACAUUUACUGUUGACAUUGUAGUUGAUACCUUUGAUGUCAGCCGAUGAGGUUUUGCAUUCUAUUUUAUGUCUUUCAAUUCUACAUAUUACAGAUCUUAUAUCGUGUACAUGCACAUACUCGUAUUUGUACAGUUUAACGGCAGUUGACUCAGUGAUAUAAUACGUAAAUGUGAUAGGUGUAAGGCCUAUGAAUUGAUAGUAAAAUAAGUACCACAAGACUCGUUCGAAUAUGUAAUAUAUGUUUGAUUGAUAAGGAGCUUGAUUCUGCCCAAAUUGUAAGUAGCUUAUUUUUGGACCAUAUGGCUUUUAUGUCUGUUAUUUAAGUGUAGACAAAAUGUUAUUUACAACGUAAAUUUUUUUUGUUGGAAUCAACUAAACUUUGCAGAAAUCUGCCAUUUCUAAAAUUUUACUUUACUGCUCACGGAAUUAUCUCAACAAUUCAUGCCAGCAAUGUAUUGCUCAAAUUAAUAGAAGCAGACAUGAAAAAGGAAUCUGAAUAUUUCAGGAAUUUCAAAGUUCAAAUUUAUUCAUAUAUUAAUAUGUUACACAUAUGUGCGGUACUGGUAAUGUAACAAUUGCUGAAAUUUUAGAUGAAAUCACAAUCGAAUCAUUUCAUGCUCGUUACAGUGUACUAUUUUCACUGACCAAUGCCAUGCAUAUCGUUAUGGAUGGUCCUUGGUCUGUAAGGAAUACUUAGCGUAGCUUUCCCAAAAUGAAUAGAUUUUUAGAUAAUUGUAAAAAAUAUUAUGUUAAGAGCCAAUUUGUAAAUAAAUUCUAUAACUUGUUUCGUACGAGUCUUGUGUUAAGAAAAUAUUAUAUAACGGACAAUUAAUAGCAGUGGUAUAUUAGGUAUAGGUAUAUGCCAAAAGAAUAUUAAAUGUAUGUAUAAUACAGGCCAAAGAAAUUAGCAUAACCAGAUUUUUUAAUAAGCAAAUAAAUUUCUGGUACUUCCUUUGAGGACAUUA